AUGCGGGCUCAAAACAUUCCCGUUGCCGUGCUACUAUUGCUCAUUACAAUUCACUCCCUGCAAGCAAAUGGGAGAAUAGUAAGCGAUCAAGCUACACCAAACGUUUGCGAUAUCGGCGAAAGAAGCCCAAACAUACAUUGCUACUGUGAAGACAGUAACGGCAUUAACGAUGCCUUAAAAAUAGAAUGUUGGAUCUUCAAUGGAGGAAUAGAGAAAACCGAUCCUUUGUGGUCGAUAUUUACUUUGCAAAGAAAUAUAGAAAAACUGGGAUUCAAUGUACGCGCUGAUGGAGCGCUGGCUUUUGUCCCUACCACGAUUCUGGAACUUCUUAAGAAAUUGAAAGAUUUCAGCAUAAAACACAGCUCAAUAUCAACAAUAGAGAGUUACACUUUUAUGAACAUCACAUCUAUACAAACAAUGAUAAUAACUAAAAAUCAAAUUUCACUUGUGGUUAAUAGACACGCAUUUUACAAUUUGCCAAAUCUCACUGUACUCACUUUAGAUGACAACAAUAUAAAAACGAUAGAAACGGAUACAUUCUACGAGCUACCGAAGUUACAGAAACUUUUCUUAACUGGCAACAACAUAACGAUCAUCGAAGACGGUGCAUUUAGGCACCUUGUUAACUUGUCAGUAUUAGAGCUGGACAAGAAUAAUAUUAGUGAUUUGAAAAAGGAAUGUUUUGACGGACUAGCAAAUUUAAACCGAUUAGACUUGAGAGAAAAUAAAAUUAUUAAGAUAUAUUCCUUUACUUUUACUGAGCUCUGGAAUUUAGAAGAGCUCUUAUUAGAUCAUAAUGAAAUAUACGUACUAGAACGGAGAGCUUUUGACGGAUUGUCAUUAUUGAAAAAAUUGAGCUUAAAUUAUAAUAAAUUAGUAACAAUAGUAGAAGGAUUGUUUGAAGGAGUUCGAGGUCUAUCUAUACUAGAUUUAAGCAAUAAUAAAUUAAAGAGAUUUACCUUUGAAAACUUAAGUCCACUUUAUGACAACAUUAAAUUAGAGAGGGGUUAUAUUUCAUUGGAAGGUAAUGAUUUUGACUGCGAUUGUCACCUAGCUUGGAUGUACAAACUUCACAAUGAAGCCAGUAGUAUCAAAGUGAAAACGUCUUUAGAACAAUUUGUAUGUAAAUUCAAUUCUGAUUUUUCGAACUCACAAUUCCCUUUCUACCAGAGAAUCGAUAUUAAAAACAACUUAGGUAGGGAUAAAUGUAAAAAGGAUCCUGAAGAUUUUCACGAUGAAAUUGAUGACAAUGACUUAGACGAAUCCCGAAAAGUGGGUGAUAGCAAAAGAACAUUAUUACAAAUUCCUGUGGAAUUAUUGCCUUGCCCCAACGAGGUUAGAAGCGUAACUGGCAGAACGUAUACUUAUCCAUCACAAAAUGAAGCUAAGGAUUACAGAAAAGUAAAAACAACAUCAUCUAUUUCGUCGACCGGUAUACGGAUAAGUUUUCUAAUUCUUUUUUUCCCAUCUGGUCUACUGUUACGCUGA